AUGGAUCUCGAUGAGCUUCACUUGGACUCAAAACUGUCUAAGUUCGAGAAUUUAAUAGGCAAACUCUCAACAAAAUCUCAAUUGCCAAAACUGUUACACCUGAUAGAAAGUGACUAUAACCAAACUAAUUUGGCAUUGAACAACUAUAUCAAGACUUCUAACAGUAAUAUAAAUAGGUCGGUUAGAUCUUUGGAAUUGGAGAAAACCAAUUUAACUUCAACAUUAUCUGUUUUCCAUGAAGCCCUUGAAUCGUUAUCUAAUUCCAACGUCCAAGCCACCUCUAUAUCAACACGGUUGAAUGCUAUAAAGACUGAGUAUGCUCAUAUAAAUCAAUUGGCAGAUUUCGUCGAUUCUGUCAAACUCUUGAAGAAUAACCUUCAAAUAAUCAACGAUGUAUUAAAUUCUAAAGAGCAUAAUUAUCCGAUGAUUGCGCAGUGCAUAUAUGAGAUUGAUCAGUUACCAGAAUCGUUACUAAACUCUAAGUUUGUGCAGCGAUGUGUUCCUACCAGUGAAUUGCCGGAUCCUCCGGCUCAAUUGGUGAAAAAAUGGAAGUCCCAACUAUCUGAAGUUUUCACAGAACGAUUCACUAGAGCUUCGCAAGAGCAGGAUGUGAACACACUAACCGAAUGUUUCAAACUAUUCCCUAAGAUCGGAGCCUCGGAUCUGGGAAUAGACUUAUAUUCAAAAUAUAUAUGUGACAUUAUUGCUCAACAAUCGAGAUCACUAAUGACACAUACUUCUGACGAUCCGUUAUUCUAUUCCAAGUCAACCUUGCAUCUUUUCAAAAUCGUAUCGACUAUGAUUAAUGAUCAUUCAAAAAUUAUAUUACAAAAUUAUUCUACCGCGUACAUGCUCGAGACUAUGCAGAAAGUUCAACUAGAAACUGAUUUGCAAGCAUGUUUAAUAUGGGAUACUUUCUUCGAUUCAGUUUCUUUACCCAAAAUCCGUUCUUCUCUAUCAGACUAUACCGAUAUGAAACGUUUGCAAGCGAUAGUCUUGCAGAUUUCCAAUUUCUUGCAAAACUGGUCUAUGUACUGCCAAUUUUUUUCCAUGAAAUGGCUUGAAUGGAGUAAGGAGCCGGUUAAUCCACUACAGAUUGUACCCUGUUUAACAAAUGGAAAAUUUAACUCUAAACUACAAGAGAAUAUAGACACUUUCCAUUCGAUGGCUCUUCAUUACACAACGUACUGCUUCAAGAGCUCUUUAAAAACUUCGCAGUUAGGUAAUUUGAACGAAUCAUUGCAUGAAGAACAAUCAAGAACCUCUAAUGGUGAUGAACAACAAGUCAUUUCGCCCGUAUUGGAAGAUCUUGCCAUUCUAGUAAAGUCGUACUUGGUGUGGACCCUCAACACAGGCCAAACAGCGCUUGUCACAAAAUCGCUUGACUCUAUAUCACAGAUGAUCCAAAACGAAUACCUAAUCAGUUUCUUACAGUCUAGGUUGACAAAAUUGAUCCCAAGGUUAAUCCCAUCAUUGCGACUACAAAAGUACAUAUCAGACACUGAAAAUGCAGCACAGAACCAACACCAUACAAAUAGCAUUGGUGUGACAGCAGCACAAAAAAAAUUCACCUCCCAGUUUGCAGCAUUCAACUUGAAGGAAACAGAUAUGGAAUCAGUCCUCAACUUACACCAUUACAUCAUAUACGUGAACACGAUAUCAACCAACGAAUCUAUCUUUACAGAUUUGUUAGAAAAUGAAAUCAUUAAGAUUAACCCACAUUUCUUAAUUGACAACUUUAAAUUCAACAAUGAGCACGAGAUUGUUAAGUCCAAACUCCUCUCGGUCCUGAAAUACCUUCUCGACAACAACAAGAAGCUUUGGAACUGGUCUCUCAUGAUGUUAUAUCAAAACGUCCUCCAAGAGAAUCUCCAGCGUUUGAUAUCUGUACUCUUCCAAAAGAACACCGAAUUCGUAUCCACACUACAGGAUUUUGAGGAUUUCGAAAAGUUGCACACUUUUGUGCAGGAAUGGAACAAAAUUAUAAUACCCUACAAACAAGUCCUCUCUGCUGCAUCCUUCAACGAAUUGUUGACUGCAAUUGUUAAGGACUUGUGCCCUAUGAUAGAAACGAAAUUCCGUUCGUUGCAAUUCAAUGAAUUGGGAUCAAUUAAAAUCGAAAAACAACUCUCCGUUAUCAUCAAAACUAUAUGCAUGGACAACUACCAAUUGCGUGAACGGUUCAAGAAACUGACACAGAUGUGUCUAUUGUUGGGCUUCGAAGACGAUCAAUUCGAUCCAACAACGGAAGACUUAAAAGAAGAUGUACUAAACUCGUUGAACUGGCUGCUUACAGUCUCUGAGCGUAUAUCAGUAAGGCAGCAACGCAUUGAUAAACGAUGA